CCUCUCUCGAAAAGCCCCAAACCCUUUACUCUCUCCACGCCCAAAAUUCUCAAUUUCUCAUAAGAACCCUAGCUAACAUUUCUCUUGUUAAUUCCUCUUCGUUAUAAAAUGGGGAAUUUCAGUGAUCUAGCAACAGACAUAUUACUCGACAUUAUCACUCACUUGCCAACUGAAUCGGUAUUAGAGUGUAAAUUAGCUUGCAAGCAGUGGAGAAAUCUUGUUUCUCAUCAUCCAUCAUUCUCUAAAUCCCAUCUAACUCGUCUCAAUCACUCUGAUGAUUCUAGUAAGUCAAGCUUUCUUGUCUUAAGUCCAGGGCAUUUUUACUAUUUUGAGUAUAAUGAGAACAAUGAUGAAACCCUAUUGACAGUAUGAGAAGGAUCAAUUUCACCCCUCCAUUUGCAUAUUCUAGUUAUAUCUUUUUAGGUUCAAUUAAUGGUUUGGUCUGCUUAUCUGAAUUCCAUGAUACAUCUGUUUGUAUUUGUAACCCCGUGACUAAAGAGUAUGUUAAUAUACCAAAAUUUAGUAGAGAAUCCGAUUCCGAUCAGUAUAAGCCUUGGGCGAGAGGGUUUGGUUACCUUCCUUUAACUAAUGAGUAUAAAUUUGUUGAAAGUGUUAGGUUAAAAACAGACUUCAGUAUUGUUGAGGUUGCAGUUUACACUGUUGGCAGUGGCAAGGGGUGGAGAAAUGUUGGUAGAUUUGAUCUUAAGUGUGGCGAUACUCUUAUCGAUCAUGGUGUCUUUGUGAAUGGAGCGCUGUCUUGGGUUAAUAAAUGUGGAGGAAUGGUUUAUGUUCUCGAUUUGGCUGAGGAAAAAUUUCGUGAACAUAUUUCACCACCUCCUAAGCCACCAGGCUGGUGGCAUGGAUAUGCUAUAGGGGUUUUGGGUGGGGUUUUAUACUAUGCCACUGAACAUGGCUAUCAUUUGAGCGAAAGCACAUCUGACAUAUGGCUACUGAAAGGGAAGAACGAUAGUCAGGGCACGAAAGAGCAGGUGGAGCAAGAGACAUUGGGUUGGAGUUAUGAGUUUAGUUAUCCCGAGAAAAAACCAUUUGCCUUGGUAAAUGGCGGUGUUUUAUAUUUUCAUCUUUGGUCUCUCGGCAUUUAUGAUGCAGUAACUUCAACCUCGAAAGAACUUGUGCGUUUUAGUUCAGUUGAGCAACUAUUACCUCACAAGAACACCUUAAUUUCGUUGAAAGAAUUGGGAGAAGAAGAUGUCAAAAUAUUGGGUUAAGCUAGAUUUGUUGAAGACAUAAAGCCGUUUUUUCCAGGAAAGGAGCUAGCAAGAUAAGCUCCCUGGAUACACAUAUUAACUGGAUAAUGCUCUGCAAAUCUGGAAAUCUCGACGAGUACAAGGGUGCUAGAGCAGGCAGAAGCUCUGAUAAGCCUUAAAGCUGUAGCGCGUCUUUCAAAUGCAGCUAUCUCCUGUCAUCAAAAAAUGGGAUAACAAGAGGGUUAUAGAAAGUUUGACUUCUACUUUAUGAGGAGUGUAAAACUUUCUCCAAUUCUGUUUUGGGUCUUCAAUGGUUGUAUUUAAAACUGCUCUUUGCACUCCUAAAGUGGUUUAAAUUGGUCUAGUCUAUGGAAGCCUGCUACAUCUAGUUGAAUUUGUUUUGUAUCAGUGGUUGGUUGUAUCUCUCAUCGAAGUAAACAGUCUGCUAUAUUUAAAUAAACUGUUGGCCAUCUUAUUGAGCAGGAUGGAAACAGUACUGGCUGGUAUAUGCUCUGGGGAGAAAAAGAUUUGCAACAAUUUUAUUGUUGAGAGUCUUGCAACAAUUUUAUUGUUGAGAGUCUUGAGACUACCAGAGGCUGGAAUUAUGUGGGCAAGCUGUUUGGGUGGAAACUGAGGCAGGUCCAAGACCUAGGCGUCCUCUCUGAUUGAUUAUAAGAAAACCAAAGGUCCAAUUCUUCACGUGGAGUGCAGUCCAGAACUCCUGAAAUGCAUCGUCACCCCUUCUCCAAGUUGGAUCGUCAAAAUUCCUUGCCAUCAAUAUUAACUGGUAUUAUUCCUCCCCCUUUGCAUGAUUGUAGGGGAUAUGCAUGACCAUUAUUUUUGUUACUUAGCAGAGUUUUUUUUACCAAACCUCAUGUACGAUAUCAGUGAAAGCCCUAGAAAAUGCUUGGUUGACAGUCUGCUUGACCCUCGAUAAAGCACUAAUCCUGUCUCGAUAUACCACUGACAGAUCUUUUGCCUCAUCCCCCAUUAAUAAAGUGCCUCAUCGAGUAUAAAAUUAACCACCGCAUCAUUCAUCCUUGUACCUGCGCGCUCCUAAUUA